AUGCUGCGCGCCGACGCGUUGCGCCGUGCGGGCCUCGGGCAUGUGGGUGACGCCAUCAGCUGCUUUGUGCUGGGCGUCGAGGGCACCAAGGUGGAGCUGACCCAGGACCUGUCAUCCCUGGCGCUGGAUGACGCCGUCGACGAGGAGGGCGAGGAGCUCGACUACGAGGAGGAGCGCCUGCUGGCGCGCGCGGAAGCCGAGGAUGGCGAGGUGGUGGCCUCUUAUGACGAGGAGGACGAGGGCGCAGACGAGGCCGAGGCCGCGCCCGUCAGCGCCGGCGACGCCGCCGCCGCCGUCUACUACGGCCAGUCCUCCGCCUCCGCCAAGGCCGCCGCCUCCCCCGCCUUUAUCCGCGGCAAGCGCGGCGCCGCCAUCGCCCCCGGCGCCUUCCCCUCCCGCGGCUUUGCGGUCUCCGACGCCGACCUGCGCGUCGGCGCCGCCAGCCGCCUCAUCGACAUCGACGAUGCCGGGGACGAGGCCGAGCUCGUGGACUACUGGACUGAUGACGUGGGCCGCAUCGGCAAGGGGCGGCUGGCGGCGCUGGGGGCCAAGAUUGUGGUCGGGGAGGAGGGAGAGCUGCAGGUCGUGGCCCGCGAGGCCGCUGAGGGCCAGGAGGGUGCUGCCGCCGAGGAGGCUGACGCCCUGGAGCUGCUGUCUGGCGUGAGCGACCGCGACCUGGACGACCUCGUGGACUUUGUGCUCGCCGACGACGAGGAGGACGAGGCGGAGCUGCCCUUUGUCGCGCGCCGCAACGUGGGCGUGUUUGCCCUGAGCGUGGAGACGCCCACAGUGAGCGCGGCCGAUGUGAAGAAGCUGCGCCAGCAGACUGGGGCCGGCAUGAUGGACUGCAAGAAGGCCAUGGUGGAGAACGGCGGCGACUUUGAGAAGGCAACAGAGUGGCUCCGCCAGAAGGGCCUGUCCGGCGCCGACAAGAAGGCCGGCCGCGUCGCCACCGAGGGCGCCGUCGCGCGCUACAUCCACCCCGGCAGCCGCCUGGGCGUGCUGCUGGAGGUCAACUGCGAGACGGACUUUGUGGCGGCGUCGGAGCAGUUCCAGUCGCUGGUGUCUGAGCUGGGCAUGAUCGUGGCGUCGACUGAUGUCGUCUGCGUCAGCGUUGACGACAUGCCCGGGGACCUGCUGGAGAAGGAGCGCCAGGUGGGCGCUGUAUGCCCGGCCCUUGCCUCCAGCCCCUCCCUCUGA